UUUCAGCAGAGCAUCAAGAGGAGAGGAGAGGAGAGGAGAGGACAGCGUCUCAUUCACUGAGGGGGAAAAGGAAACAUAGACAAACUGCUGGAGGAAAAUAAUUCAUCUGACAGCAAAGAUGCAGUGGAGUCUGAUUCUGCUCUUCCUGAUGGCUCAGUGUUGCUUCAUGGACUGUCAGCUCUAUCAGUUUCACUACAUUAAUGAGAAUAAGAACUGGACUGAAGCUCAGCAGUACUGCAGAGAGAAACACACUGACCUGGUCACAGUGACUAACAUGAAGGACAUGAAGAGACUCAUCAAGAUCUCAGCAAGAUAUAUGAAGGAUGCUUGGAUUGGUCUGAUCAGUAAACCAGAAUUUAACAGAACAUGGUACUGGUCUCUGCCUGGAGUGAAGUUCAAUGAAAGUGAGACAAACUGGAAACAAGGAGAACCAUCUGAUAGAGGAAUUAAAGGUUCUGAGAACUGUGGGGCUAUGUAUCAAAAUCAAAAUCUCACAUGGCAAGAUCAGGGUUGUCAUUGGUCUGAAUAUUUCCUCUGCUAUGAUGAGACUAAUAGACCCAAUAAAUAUCACUUGAUUAAAGACAAGAAGUCCUGGCAGGAAGCUCAGAUUUACUGCAGAGAGAAACACACAGACCUGAUCAGUGGAUUAAAGCAGCUACAGGAUGAAGAAGUGAAGAAAUUGAUGAACACUUCAGACAGUAAAUCAUACUUUGGUCUGUUCAGAGACACCUGGAGGUGGUCAGAUGGAAGCAAUUCAUCUUUCAGACACUGGAAUAAAAACUUUAACAAUCCAGAAUCCAUCAGUGAUCAAUGUGCCAUGACUGUGUUUGAUGAUGGAGGCAGAUGGAAGAAUGUGAGCUGUGCUGAAAGAAAACCCUUCAUCUGUUAUGAUGAUAAUGUGAUCCUGAUUAAAGAAAAUAAAACCUGGGAGGACGCCUUGACCUACUGCAGAGAUCACCACCAUGACCUGGUCACCAUCACCAACAUGGAUGAUCAGAAAUGGAUCCAGGAGAAAGUCAAGAACGCAUCGACUGAUUAUGUCUGGAUGGGUCUGCGUUACACCUGCACUCUGGAUUUGUGGUUCUGGGUCAGUGAUGAGGUGGUCAGAUAUAAGAACUGGGCCAAAGGUGAACCGAUGGACGACUGUGACAUGUCUGGAGCCAUGGAGAUGGGAGGAGAACAUCAGUGGAUGAAGAAAAAUGACCUUGAGAGAUUUAAUUUCAUUUGUUUUAAAAUGUAAAAUCCACUCUGCUUUUUCCUUUUUUUUUACCUUUAGGUUUGUGGUUCUUAUUAAAUCUUUUACUAAGUUUAUUUUUCUGCUGGGAGAAAAGAAAAUAUUUGCUUUCAUUGUCGCUGA